GGAGCUGUGGGAUUUAAGAUCUUUUCUUCUAAGAAAGUCUGCUGCUUCUACAGCCUUCCAUCGUAGCGUGGAAUUGAUGAUUUCCCUUGAAAUACUUACCUGAAGAUACUGACCACAGGAAAGGUGUAAUUGUUCAUAAAAAAUGUUAAAAGUUCAGCAGCGCGUGACAGCAAAGAGGAUGCCCAGGAAAAGACCGUACAUUUGUGACACCUGCUAUAAACAGUUUGAAACUCCAUCAAAAUUAGCUAGGCAUUAUCUGAUACAUACUGGUCAGAAGCCAUUUGAAUGUCACGUAUGCCAUAAAACUUUCAGACAGCUAGUCCAUCUGGACAGGCACCAGUUAACCCACAAGCUGCCUUUUAAGUGCAUUGUUUGUCAUAGAAACUUCAAAAACUUAAUCACAUUUUUUAAACAUCAGCAGCUUCAUAAUGAAAAUUACCAGAACGAUAUCAAGCAAGCAGAAGAAUCUGUGGAUUCAAAGCAAGGUAAGGGCUUUUGUGGCGUAUUUCAAUGUUCCGUGUGCUGGAAUUCUUUUACGACUGAGGAGAGGUGGAUGCUCCAUCAGUGCCCAAAGGCAGAUGAUCUACGUAGCACCAGAAGGAGAAAGAAAACUCACCCUUGUGAGUCAUGUAACAAGACAUUUCCAUCAAGAUCUAAGCUACAAAGACACUUUCUUAUUCACACUGGCCAGAAACCGUUUAAAUGUUCUUCGUGUGGUAAAUCUUUCAGACAGUCAACACACUUAAAAAUCCAUCAGCUCACGCACACGAAAGAAAGGCCUUUUCAGUGUUGUUUUUGUCAGAAGGGGUUUAAAAUACAGAGCGAACUCAUCAAGCACAAACAGCUCCAUGCCAGAAAUAAGACUUUCCCCAAUAUUACAUACAAAGCAAAGAAUCCUAAUCAUUCCAGACCCCAGGUCUCACUGGAAGGAGAGAGGCGUAGUUUGGAGGAUGCUGCGUCCCGAGAGAAUGACCCGCGUUACGCUCACUCUAUUUAUGUUGUGCCCUACCAGUGCUCCACGUGUGAGCAGUGCUUUGAAACAGAACGGGUUCUAAAUUUGCACAAAUGUUUUUGUCUGAGUAAUGACAAAAGUUCAAGUAAGGGUCCAGCAGCUUGCAGCCGCAAGGUCAGCAUGAAAAAUAAAAUUAUGGUGAAGCUGAAGUGUGCGGGAGAAAGGACAUCAAAUUCCUCUCUGCCUGACAGAAAAAGAAUUAAACCGAGUCAUUUGAAAAGUCGUGACUUGAUUGCAGCGAGAGAUCAGUGUUCUGAUCAGAAUGCUUCCACUAAACCUUUCAAGGAUUGCCACAGUAAGCUUGCCAUGCACAAGGAAGCGGUCCCUGUGUCGUCACCUUGGCAAGAGCCCCUGCACCCUCCCGAGUUAGGGAGCAAUGCUGAAGGCCGGCGUGUGGGGGAAGGAAUGUUCAACAUGGAUGAUUCAGUGCGUAAGGAAGGUGACAAUUUUUAUGGUUCAUCACAUGAUGGUUUCUUUGAUAAUCCAGAAAUACUUCACUGUGCUUUUUCAACUCCUACUAAAAAUAUACGUAAGAGACACAAAGUGUGCAAAUGUGACAGAUGUGAAAAAAUCUUCCCUUCUUCAUCCAAACUUCAAAGGCAUUAUCUUACACACACGGGACAGAAGCCCUUUGGCUGUAAUGUUUGUGGGAAGACGUUUAGACAGUCAGCUCACUUAAAGCGACAUCAGCUCACCCAUACUGAAAAGAGACUCCGUAAAAGCCCCGUUUUCCAGGUGAGAUGUGAAAAUCUGAACAAACUUUUCAAUCAUCGGGGAAAUCAUGUUGAGUUUAAGUCUCCUCAGCCUGUGAGUUUUUCUCAGAGACCUUCACAGGUGUCUGGCUUCCAGGAUUUCGAGCUGGCUCAGUCAAAACAAGGAGCUGAAAUCAAAGUUGAAACGGAGCGUGGGGACUUUGUUCUUGAUAGCAGCAGUGGAAACACGCAGCCCUGUUUGCGCAGCAAAUCGCUGGAAGCAAAGCAAAGCUACUACACUUGUUGUUAUGAUUUUCCCGAAAGUACAGAAAAAAGUAAAGUUAUGAAGAAGUUAUAUUAUUGCAGUCUUUGUUCUAAAGCUUUUAAAUCACCUUCUAAGCUUGAAAGACAUUAUCUAAUGCAUGCUGGACAAAAGCCAUUUGAAUGUUCAGUUUGUGGUAAAAAUUUUAGACAGGGCUCACAUUUGAAAAGGCAUCAUCUUACUCACUUCAAAAAGAGCUAAAAAAUCAGUUCAGCUGACUGCGGCCUGUCCUUCACCGAACGCAGUAAUAUAAUGCAUAUUCACAAAUCAAAACAAAUUGAAAAUGCUCUGGAAACUUUUUGUGUUUGA